AUGGCUGUCCUUCCUCAGGGCGAGUCGGCCAUCUCGGCCAAGCGCGCUGAGCUGUCUGGAAAGACAGGUUUCAAGGGUCUCAUCAGUAACAAGAAGACUACCUGUAUUGGACUUUUCGCGUCGCUGGGUGGUUUGGUGUAUGGAUACAACCAGGGAAUGUUCGCCCAGGUCUUGACGAUGAAGUCAUUCCAGAUUGCUACUCAGAACUAUGCUGCCCAGACUGGCAUCGAACAGGGAAUGCUGACAUCUAUCCUGGAACUUGGUGCCUGGGUCGGAACUCUUUUCAAUGGAUAUCUCGCCGACGCGCUGGGUCGUCGUGUCACAGUUCUCGUCGCCGUGGCGGUAUUCUGUGUUGGUGUUAUUGUUCAAGCCUGCACAGAAAACAAGGACUUUGUGCUGGGUGGUCGAUUCGUGACUGGUUUGGGUGUUGGUAGCUUGAGUAUGAUUGUACCGCUGUACAAUGCCGAGCUAGCACCACCGGAAAUCCGAGGAUCCCUCGUCGCCGUGCAGCAACUUGCCAUCACCUUUGGAAUCAUGAUCAGCUUCUGGAUCGGUUACGGAACGAAUUAUAUUGGUGGAACCGGUGAAACACAAUCAAAUGCUGCAUGGCUGAUUCCAGUCUGCAUCCAGAUCCUCCCCGCUGUCGUCCUGGCUGCUGGUAUGAUGAUGUUCAUGCCCCAGUCCCCGCGUCACCUGAUGAAUACCGGCCGUGACGAAGAAUGUCUGACGACCCUGGCUCGCUUGCGUGGCACCUCCGAGGAUGACCUUCUUGUUCGCAUUGAACAUCUUGAGAUUAAAAGUUUGUAUCUGUUUGAAAAGGAGGUUGCUGCUGAGAAGUACCCCAACUAUCAAGAUGGGUCCUUCUCUAGUCGUUUCAAGAUUGGUUUCUAUGACUAUAUGUCUUUGGUCACCAACAAGUCGCUCUUCAAGCGUACUGCUACUGCUUGCAUGAUCAUGGUGUUUCAACAAUGGAAUGGUAUCAACGCUAUCAACUAUUACGCACCCUAUAUCUUCAAAGACAUGGGUCUAGGAGGCAACACCAUUUCACUUCUUGCAACUGGCGUGGUCGGCAUCGUGGAAUUCCUGUUCACAAUUCCUGCCGUCCUUUGGGUUGAUCAGAUUGGACGUAAGAAGAUCCUCAUCGCUGGCGCGAUCGGAAUGGCUUCGUGUCACUUCAUUGUCGCAGGUAUCAUUGGAGCCUACCAGCACACAUUCGACGAUCAUAAAGCAGCUGGCUGGGUUGCGAUCGUCUUCGUCUGGAUCUUCGUCAUCAACUUUGCGUAUUCCUGGGGACCUGUCGCGUGGAUUGUUACCUCUGAGGUAUUCCCGCUUAGCAUGCGUGCCAAGGGUGUUAGUCUUGGUGGAAGUAGUAACUGGUUGAACAACUUUGCGGUUGGUACCGCUACAUCUCCCUUCCUAGAGAAGAGUAACUUUGGUGCAUUCAUUUUCUUUGGAUGUAUCACUAGUAUUGCGGUGGUGUACGUCAUUUUCUUGGUCCCCGAGACCAAGGGUCGCACCCUUGAGGAGAUGGACGAAUUGUUCGGGACGACUGGUAUGGCGGCUGCCGAUAAUGAACGCAAGGUUCGGAUCGAGAGGGAUAUUGGCCUCCUUGCUCUUGUAGGCGUGGAGCCUGCAGACGAGAAGCGUGAACUUGUGGAGAAUAGGGCGGAGUUCUCAAACCAUGAGGAAACUGUUGUCGCCGACUUGAAGAAUUAA